AUGCAGCCGACGGCCCGGGAAAUGCAAGCCAUGGCCGCCGCCGGCCAGAUCUCCCUCGACGACCUGCGCGGCGGCCACGCGGGGGGCAACAAUGGUGGCGCCGGCGGCGUGCACGACGACUUCCUCGACCAGAUGUUCGGCAGCCUGCCGCCCUCCGCCUGGCACGACCUUGCCGCCGGGGCCAAGCCCGAGGACGGAGGGCAGGGCGAGGGGAUGCAGCAGCAGCAACAGCAGCAGCUGUUUGGGGGCCCUUACGACGACUCGGUGAUGCUGGCGUCGCGGCUCCGGCAGCACCAGAUUAGCGGCGGCCCUGGCGGCGCCGCCGCCUCCGCGAAGCAGAUGGUGCUGCAGCAGCUCGCCGAUCUGAGGCAGGGCCACCACAGCAACAUGCUCCUCCAGGGCAUGGGCCGCUCGCCGUCCAUCGGCGGCGGCGGCGGGGAGGGCGGCCUGCUGCUCCCACUCACCCUCGGCAACGGCGGAUCGGGCGGCGACGUGCAGGCCCUCCUGAAAGCCGCCGCCAAUUCCGCCGGAGGGGACGCCGGCGUCUUCGGCGGCUUCAUCGGAUCGCUCCAGCAGCAGCAACAUUUCCAGCCGCAUCCACAGCAGCAAACGGCGCCCAUGCCGAGCCAGACCUUUGGCAGAGCAGGAGGUGCUCCCGGCGGCGGGGCGCAACCACAACAACAAGCCGGGGGAGGAGGAGGCGGCGGCCCGCCGGCGCCGCCGAGGCAGCGGGUGCGAGCGCGGCGAGGCCAGGCCACCGACCCACACAGCAUCGCGGAGCGACUUCGCCGGGAGAGGAUCGCCGAGAGGAUGAAGGCCCUGCAAGAGCUGGUGCCCAACGCCAACAAGUGGCCACAGACGGACAAGGCGUCGAUGCUGGACGAGAUCAUCGACUACGUCAAGUUCCUGCAGCUCCAAGUCAAGACGUCUAUGCCAACAUACACGCAGGUGCUGAGCAUGAGCCGGCUGGGUGGCGCCGCUGCCGUCGCGCCGCUCGUGGCCGACAUGUCCUCGGAGGGGCGAGGCGGCGCGGCCGCCGGAGCGGCGGACGGGAGCGACGGCCUGACGGUGACGGAGCAGCAGGUGGCCAAGCUGAUGGAGGAGGACAUGGGCGCCGCCAUGCAGUACCUGCAGGGGAAGGGCCUCUGCCUCAUGCCGGUUUCCCUCGCCUCCGCCAUCUCCUCCGCCACGUGCCAGCUCCGCCCCCCGGCCGCCGCGGCCGGUGGCCCCUUCACCGCCGCGCAACACAUGAGCGCCGCCAUGCGCAUGGGCGUCGGCGACGGCGGCGUCCCGGCGUCGCCGAGCAUGUCCGUGCUCACGGCGCAGUCGGCGAUGGCCAACGGCGGAGCCUGCGCCAACGACGGCGAGGGGUCGCAUCCCAAGGACGCCGCGUCAGUCUCCAAGCCGUGA